AAAUUCUAAAAAGGCCUUGACACGAAAAUUUUUGGCUUCAUUCGCCAUUAAGAGCUCAACAUUUCUUCUUCUUCUCCCCUCUCUCUCUCUCUCUAUAUAUAUAUAUGUACAUACAUACGUAUACAUCCGAUUACGUAUAUAUAUGAAGAAUAAAGCAUGGAUCAUCAAAGAAGGAAAUCAAACUAAGAUGAAGAAGAACAACAACUCUUCGACCAGGAUCCAAUCUUGUUCAAAACCCACAAAUCUGCUAUUACUUCUCUCUCUAUUCUCCAUAACUCUCCUCCUCUCCCGUCUCUCUCACCACCACUACUCAGCCCUCAACAUCGUCUCCUUCCACAAUCCCCAUGAAACUCCGUCCAAAUCCUCCGGCGAAGACCCAUGCCACCACCGUUACAUAUACAUACACAACCUCCCCUCAAGAUUCAACCUCGACGUCCUCGCCGACUGCGAGUCCAUUACAAGACCGAAGGACAAGAUCAGCAUGUGUAAGUACAUCGAAAACUCCGGGUUCGGACCCAUGAUCGGAUCUUCGGGCUUGUACUCGACUAACCAGUUCAUGCUGGAACUGAUCUUCCACGAGCGGAUGAAGAGAUACGAGUGCUUGACGACGGAUUCCUCCAUGGCCUCCUCUUUUUAUGUGCCGUUUUACGCGGGACUCGAUCUCCGGAGAAAUCUAUGGCGGCGAAACGUCGCCGUGAGAGACGCCGCCGGGAAGGACUUGGUCAGAUGGCUGAGGGAUCAACCCCAGUGGAAAGGACUGUCAGGUCAAGACCAUUUCCUCGUAACCGGUCGGAUUUCACGAGAUUUCCGGCGACAUUCCGACAAUAACUCCGACUGGGGGAGCAACUUCAUGCUCUUACCGGAAUCUCAAAACAUCACGUUUCUCACCGUCGAACGGACUCCGUCGAGCCUCAACGAGUUCGCCGUACCUUACCCGACCUACUUUCACCCUUCGACGGCCGAUGAGAUUACCCGGUGGCAAGAAAAGAUCCGAUCCAACACGAACCGGACUGCUCUCUUCUCGAUCGCCGGAGCUCAACGUUUCAGCAGAAACCAUAACUUGCAGGUCCGAGCGGAAGUCAUAAGACAAUGCAAGAAUUCGAAUACGUGCAAGUUUCUCGAUUGCGACGUCAGAUCCAACGGCUGCGACGAUCCAAUCAGUCUGAUGAAUCUCUUCGAGAGUUCGGUUUUCUGCCUUCAACCGCCGGGAGACUCGCUAACCAGAAGAUCGGUAUUCGAUUCGAUUUUAGCCGGUUGCAUUCCGGUUUUCUUUAACCGGGGAAGCGCCUACGAGCAAUACGUGUGGCACUUGCCGAAGGAACAUAACCGGUACUCGGUUUACAUACCGGUUAAGGAGCUGAGAAUAAAGGGAAAGGAAAAAAUCGAAGAGAGACUGCGAGAAAGAGUGAUGGAAAUGAGAGCAAACGUUAUCCGGCUCGUACCGAAGGUGGUAUAUUCUAACCUGAACCGGUAUAAACCGGGAAAAGAAACUGUGGAAGAUGCUUUUGACAUAGCUGUUAAGAGGGUCCUGGAGAGAACACGGUUAAUAAGGAGAAAACAACACAAGAACGGGGAAGCCGAUGUAUAUAAAUAGCCUAAAACAUAUCAAAAUAUGUACCGUUUUUUUGUUGUUAAUGUCUUAUAUUUUCGGAUAAUGAUUAGAUUCGUCCGACCAAAUA